AGCCAAUCACGACGCGCCGUUGCUCCGCAUUUCCGCAUGGAGAGAGCUUUGUUGUUGUGUGGCUUGAUUUCUGCAACUCUUAUUAUCUAAACAGUUUAAGACCUAAACAGAUAAUCUCACAAUAUACCAGCGAAGAUUAGAAUUGAUUAAUUAGAUUAACGCCGCGCGCUUUGUAAUCGAAUUGAUAACGGUCUGGUUUUAUUUGUUUUUGCAGCUCCAUCUGUCAGUAUGAGACAUGCAAAUGUAUGAUCUUCAUUCUGAACAUGUCAUGCCUACAAUGGGUUAAAUGUUUAUAAAACCCACUGUUUGACAACUUACGACGGUAAUCGAUCUCUAUCGGCGGCCUGUGUCGGAUAACGGUGAUAUAAUACGUGUUCUCCAUCCGAUCCGCUCGCUGCCAGUGACGGUGAGUGCUGGUGAUGCAAGAGAUGCUGUGUUGAGUGGAGCAGCUGGAUCUCUCUGUCUGAGAUCACCAGUGCUGUUUAUUCAGCUGCAUCGCAUCUAUCUGGACCGGGUGCACGUCGAGAAGAACGCCUCCAUGGUGUUCCGGCGGCUCUUGCGCAAGCGCUGGGUUCUGGGGGUCGUGUUCGGAUUGUCACUCAUCUACUUUCUCUCCAGCACCCUCAAACAUCAGGAGGAGCGAACCAUCCGUGAUCGGACCCUCCUGGAGGCGAGGGACUCGGAUCAUCACAUCCAGUGGAAGAUCAAGUUCAUCCUGGGCAACAGCAGCAGGCAGAUCUCACAGUGCAGAAACUCCAUUCAGGGAAAGAGGCUUCUCACGGAUGAACUGGGUUAUGUGUGUGAGAGGAAGGAUUUACUGGUGAAUGGAUGCUGUAAUGUAAAUGCUCCCAGCUCAAGCCAGCAUGUCUGUAAAAGCUGUCUGGCCAAUGGCUGCUGUAGCAUCUAUGAGUACUGCGUUUCCUGCUGCCUCCAACCUGAUAAGCAACCUCUUUUGGAGCGUUUUUUAAACCGAGCAGCAGAAGGGUUCCAGAACCUCUUCACCGCCGUGGAAGAUCAUUUUGAGUUGUGUCUUGCCAAGUGUCGUACUUCCUCACAGAGCGUCCAACAUGAAAACACAUACAGGAACCCGCAGGCGAAGUACUGCUAUGGCGAGAGUCCUCCAGAACUGCUGCCCAUAUGACUCUGUUUGCCAGCGAACCGGCUUUGAAUAAUGAAGGAGUUUUCUUGCAGGUCUUCUCAGGGGCCCCCGAUGGGCCAAUAAAUGAAUCGUAAUUUGAGUGCACAAUCAUAAAGACUUGAAAGAGACUUUACGCUGCAUAAGUGUGUAGUAUACAUUUUUACCUCAUCAGUGGUGAACAUCUCGUCAAAGACUCCGCCCAUUUCUUUUUUUCUGCUUGUCAUGCUAAGAUUAGGCAACUUUUUUAGUAAUCUCACUAAUUUUAUCUUUGUGUGGUAUUCCAGAACGAGUCAUUGUGUUGUUGCUUCAUGCUAAAAAAACACAUUGUAAGCACCUCGGACGAUUUGACAGCACCCCUCACACCCAGAGGCUGUGUGAGCUCAGAUUUAUGUGUACAUGUCAACUACUAUAUGUUAAUUUAAUAAAGUAAAUGUGAUUUUCUGUAUAGCUUUA